AUGAUAAAUUUAAUACUUUUCAUAUUUGGAUUAAGUAAACACUUUAAUCCUCUUCUUGGUGCAAGACAUGUAUACAUGACUGAUCAUGAUAGUUUUCCAGAGGAUUCAAAUACAUGUUCUGAUAAUACUCAAAGUAUAAGUAUUUCAUUGGCUCAAAGUCAUGUUAGAGAAUUAAAUAAAUUAAAUGCUAGGGUUUUAAUAGAAAAAACUACACUAAGCUACAGGUAUGAGUUAUUAAAUAAAAUAAAAACUUUACCUGAUGUGUAUGUAGAAGAGGUAUUAAAUACUGUUAUUCAUUUAAAUUCUUUUUUAAGAACUAUGAAUGACAAUUUGAUUAAAGAAAAGUCAAAUUUUGAAUUAGAAAGAGAGAAUACAUCAGAAUACAGAAAUUGUGAUAUACCUUCCUUUCUAAGUGAAUACUUUCAAUAUUCUGAAAGUAUGAAUCCUAAUUCAAACAAUUCUACAUUAAUAUGUAACUUUAAUAAGAAUCAUUUCUCAGAUUUAAUUUUAAAAAACGAUUUAAGAAAUGUUAUUUCUAGCCUUUUUGAAGAUCAUAAAAAUUUGAUGGUUUUUAUUAGUGAGAAUCGUAAUAAAUAUGAAUGUAUUUUAAAUUUAAUUCAAGGAUACAAAAAAAUUAUUAAAGGAUUGUAUAAUGUAAAAGUAUUGGAUUCAAUUUGUAUAUUUCGUAAUUUUAAAGAGUACAUUUGUUCUAUUUUUAGUUUUAAGAAAUCUGAAAUUGUGGAUAUGGAUUUAGUUAGAGCAACAAUAUUGUUUUUAAAUCAUGAAAAUUUAGAAGAACAGGAGAGAAAAGAUUUAAACUAUGAGAUAGAGAAGAUAUUAAAAUGUUGGGAUUAUCUUUUCUAUAUGAUAAAGGAUAUUGAAGUUAUGAUAAAUUUAAUUAUUAGUGAUAAGAAACACUUAAAAUUUAAAACCACGAAAGUGGAAAUAAGUGAUGAAUUUGAAAUUAUUGAUAAUUAA